UUCCCAUAGAGGGCAGGGUUAGCGGAGCUCCGCGUUUGCAAGUCGCGCCUCAUUUUUCCUACGCGGGAAGUUGGGGUCGCUGCCCUCUGCUUCUUUUCCCCAGGUCGGAGGAAGAAUUUGGAAUUGGGGCGUGCGCGGAAACGGUGCUAGUCCAGGAGACUUGGAGGAACCAGUGGAGGGACGAAUGGAAAAUCAAGUCCCUGAUGCAGGCAGGCCCGUGUCACCGCCAAAUAGCGAAGGGCACUGUGAAGGACAGCCACAGGAGCCGAGAACAGCAGAACGCAGGGCCACCCGGGAGAGAACCAGACUGCGGCGUGUGGGGGUUCUGGCGGACUUUGCUCGUGCUAUGGUAGAGCAGGGUGAGGAGCGCAGACAGGCACGGCUGGAGGAAAGGAGGGAGUCCCGUCGGCGCUUUGACACACUAAUGAGUGCCAUAGAUAGGGGAAACAGUGUAAUAGAGAGCAUGGUGGACAUGUUGAGUCAGAGAGUUGCCUCGAGGGAGCGUUCAAACACGAUUUUGGAAACAUUGGUAGGCCAUGUGCAGCGGAGUCUGGCUGCAGGAGAGCUUAGCAUUGAUUUGCCGGCUCGGCCGACCACCGCUGCCACACCAGGGCGACCUUUCCAGGCAGCCUCGCCAGCCCAUUUGUCCAGCGUCCACAGAGAGGUUGUCCAAGAUCCAUUUAGGGACCUUCGUUUUUUAUUUUCUGGAGCACCAGAAGAGAGAGCAACAUGUCCACUGUUAGUUCCAGAUGCUCCAGAGGCGAAUGGCAGCGACUCGGAACGUAACUCCAUACCUGAUGAGACUGACAGGGAGAACCGGCCACCGGCCACACGUCCCUUGUUCUGCCCGCCUUCACGGGACAAGUCGUCUUGCGAAGGCAAGGCAAGCACACGCAAAAGCCAUGUGCUGGCCCAGAGUAACACUGGCCCUCCCGCUAAACGUGAGCGUUCCCUGGAGGGAAUGGAGCAGUCAGCAUCCAGGGAUGCUGGGGAACACAAUAUGGGGAGGGUGGGCAGUGGUAGGGCACGCAGGCAGAAACCAAUAUUUGACCUGUGAAGUAGCACUGCGAGCUCCCUUGCAUAGUAUGUCAAUUGCCUACUGUUUUGUUAUCCCCUCUCCUUUUCUUGUGGAGAGCCCUUGCAUGUCUGUUGUCGUUGAAUAAAGUUGACCCUAAUUGCAUAUUAAA